AGAGAGAGAGAGAGAGAGAGAGAGAGAGAGAGAGAGAGAGAGAGAGAGAGAGAGAGAGAGAGAGAGAGAUGGUGACAACAUUGAUAUGGUCAGCAUGGGAGACGGUCUGUUCAAGAGCUGUGGAGAGCCUUUUUGACACGGCUGUGCAGUAUUACCAAGCUGCUGACGAGUUCAAGGAUGAAUGGAAGUCCAUUCAGGAUGAGCUAGAGAUUGUUCACGCCCUAUCAAGGGUGGUGAACGAGGUUAUUGGACCGCAGACGACUGGGGAGGGUGUUGAAGAGGUCGGGAAGCUUGAGGCGCUCCACAAGACCGCCUUGCAAUCCAUGGAGGAUGCUUUUCAGGCCACUCAGAGUUAUUCAAGCUUCUUUUUGUGGCCUUCGCAAUUGCAAAAGAUAAAAAAAACCCAGGAGGAUGUCCGUGCCUUUAUAGGUCUCGCUUCCCCACUCAUUAUAGCUGUUCUGCAGAAAGCUCAUCACAACGCAGUGAUGGAUCGUUUGACGAUUCUGGACGACGCCCUUAAUCAACUGAAGCAGCAAUUGCUGGUCAAAGAUUCCUCUGUUAGCUCACCAACCGGAAAGAAGGUCCUGAAUUGGCUCAGAGAUAGCUUCCCCAAAUCACCAUAUGUAUCGGAUGAUCUCAUGCUUGUGCGCAUCAGGAUCACUGUUGUGAACAACAGUGACUCCACGCUCAAUUUUCUUUGUUCGAAGUAUGGCGGGAUAGGGUCCGAUGAGUGGUUUCCCCUUGCCCCUGCGCAAAGGGAUACAUGGAUGCGCAGUGAAGGUGAACAUAUGCUCAUUGCGAUCAAGGAGAGUCGCGAGUAUGUUUAUUUUCAAGCUCGCAGCCGACAUGUUCUCGUCGAUUAUUCUCCAAGAGAGGGAUUCCAACUUUACUCCUCAUGUGGAGUUUCGCCUGCCCAUCGUCUACUACGGCUAGACACCGGUGUUCAGACGCCCUCCUCGUCUGGAUCAUGGGAAAUUUGUAACUAUUCCAAACGCGCAAUUGGUGUGUUCAUCUCGAAGUUCACGGAUACCAAUGCCUCGGAUAUUUUUUCUACUGUUGCUCCUGGAUUGACUGCGGCUCAGGCUAGACCUCUCGAUGGAUGCGAAGUCGCCGUUAUCAGCGAUCUGCAUCGACAAGCCUAUGCUGCUCACUAUGGUGUUCCAACGCGCAUCGAGUGGCACGGAUUUACCACGCGAUCGAUUGGGGUCUCGAUCAUAAACAACAGCGACUCGGAAACCAAUUUUUUUUGCUCAAACUAUGGGGGUGAGGGCUCGGAUGCCACCGCCAACUGGCGUCCCCUUGCUCCUGGUGAAAGGGGUGAAUGGACACGCAUGGAAGGUGAGUAUCUGCUCAUUGUCGCUAAGGGGGUGAGCCAUCAUUUUAUUUAUAUUCAAGUGCAUAACAGCCCUGUUGUGGUUGGUUACUCUCCUCGAGACCAAUUUAAUAUUAUAUCCUCAUCGGGUGUGGUGACGCCUGCAUCGCUCCUCGAUCCCAGUCCGCCUGGUCACCCUUCACAAUGGGAAGUGAGAAAUUUUUCCAGCCACAGCAUUUGUGUCUUCAUCUCCAAGCACACCAAUUCACAUGGUUCGGACGAGUCUUUCACUAUUGUUCCUGGAUCUACCGAGGUGUGGGAGCGACCCUCUGAUGGCCAUGAAGUCAUCGUUCUCAGAGAUCCGCACAGAGAACUCUGUGCAGCUCAUUAUGGCACGCCUGCGCGUUUUGAAUGGUGCGGGUUCACUAUGCGACAGGUUGGCAUCUCGAUCAUCAACAAGAGCCAAUUCAGACACUGCUUCUGUGUCUCCGCUUUUGCUGGAUUUGGCUCCGACGAUUGGUUCCCCCUUGAUUCUGGCAAAGGGGAUGACUGGAUGCGGUCGGAGGGCGAAUAUGUGCUCAUUGUUGUCAAGGAGAGCCGCCAGUUCAUCUAUUUUCAGGUGCAAGGAAUUCACGUCGAUGUGAGUUAUUCCCCUGCCCAGGGAUUCAUUUUCGCCCCCUCCCCGUAUGUUACUCCUGUGAGACGGCCGUCUGCAAGUCCUCCGACCCGCCCUUCGCAAUGGGAAGUCUGCAAUUCGUCGAGCCGCGGCAUUUGCGUCUUUGUCUCCAAGUACACCAACCCCAGCGGAUCAGAUCAGCCCCUAACUAUUUCACCUGGAUCCACUCAGACUUGGGACCGUCCCUUUGAUGGCCACGAACUAGUGGUUAUCCGAGAUCCUCUCAGAAAACUCCGUGCUGCUCAUUAUGGUCCCCCGGCUCGCAUCGAAUGGUCUGGAUUCGCCAGACUCUGAUUUGAUUUGAUUUCUUUUGAGGGAAUGGGCCUCGCCACACCACUCUCGAAAUGUGAAAAAGACAAAAAUGUGGCGGGUGCAUCUGGUCAUGUUCUUCCGAGAAAUUCGUUCUCCUUAUGUGUGGCGAGGCCCAAUGUGUUAUCCGUCCUAGCAAAAAACAUGCACUGCCAGUAGUUUUGUCUUUCCUGUUUCCGGAAUCCUAAAAUACAUGUUUUAAAAAUUUAUUUCCUUGACAAAAAAAACAUGCAUGCAUCGUGGCGUGGAGAGAGUGCCGUAGACAGCGCCUUGCUCUUCAAGCAGCCGUCCCCGCCGUGUUCAAGGACCCCUGCCAACUUCGGAUAGCUACCAGAAAAUAAGCCUUAGGGGCUCACGCGCUCACCAGCCGAGUUAGUCGCUUCGGGGGCCCGCCUGGUAGGGUUUGGUAGGGGGUCGGAUCCCCUCCCAUCCAUUGCCCGGGGUUAGGAUGAAGCUGUGGUGGUGCUUAGACACAGGUGGAGGUCGGUGCCAAACCAACCCAUAACCCUUAGGGGCCCCUGGGGUGGUAUGUAUAGAUAGACUACAAUCGACCAAGAAGCUAGCGCCUGGAUUUAGGUACUUAAGUAGGAAGGACAGGUAGACUGAGGCAUACGAGUGAAGACUAUAGCUUGGUUUAUCAAAAAAAAAAAAAAAAAAAAAAAAAAAAAAGCCGCGCGUGUGUGUGUGGUGAAAAAAAAAAAAAGGCUACAGUAGAUCGUACGGGACAUCUGGUAAAAGAGUAGCAUGCCCUGUGCGGAAGGAUGACAAACAUAAAUCAAGAAAUUGGCAAUUGAAAAGAAAAAAAAAAGUAGGCACCCAUAGUAUAGAAUCUAUAGAUGCAAUUACACACAUAACUGCAGACGGAGAAUUCUGCAUUUGUCUGAGGACGUGCUGCCCUAAGGCUUUUGAUGUGAUUGCUGAAAACUCCAAUUCUGAGUCGGUUUUGCCAUGUUUUGAGAGGGACAAAGUACCAAUUGGGCCAGGAGGAGGGACAGGACGGAAAGUUAGCAUCCUUCAGGACAUCCGUUAAAAAGAUUGAAACGCUACAGAGAAGAUUAUCAUAGCCCCUAUGCAAGGAUGACACACAUGAAUCGAGAAACGGUCCAAUUUUUUUACUUAAAGAAAAAAAAGGGACGGAAAGUUAGCGAUAGGCACAUAUUCGGCAUAGAGUUCGAUAGAGUAGAGACCAGGGUCAAAAGUAGGAUUGCCAUUUCAGAGGCCUGGUAGGAUUUUCCAGCAGGCCCUCUACGCCUAGGAGGUUCCAGUUGAUGUCAAUACAUAAUGGUGGUCCAGGGGCUGAAUGUGGUCCUGUAGAAGUCUGCUUCAGGGUCUGUAGGUAAAUAUCAGUCUGCAAUGAUGAUCCCGGCCGUAUCACGCAGCCAAAAGCAGGAACACCCAGCAGACCUACAGUCUUCACCCAACUAGAACGGCCGCGGCACUCAUUAUCCCUGUAUCCAGACCGAACGUUGCCCUAUAUACAGCUCUUAUGACCAGGGACAUAAAUAGGAUGGAAAGUUAGUGGUAGGCAUACUAUUCAGGUGACAGUCGGAGUAGUCACAGGUAGUGCCCAGACAAGAGGUACUGGAGAUCGGGCAGCCAAAGUAUCUUAAUCUAUGCAAUAGCCACUCUGCUCAUUCAACAACCAGUCGUGCUGCUGCUCGGCCCAAGAAACUCUCGAACACAAACGUGACGUAAGAUUCAAAGUAGGCGACAAAGUCUGGCUUUCUGCCAAACGCUUUGAACCUGAACAAGGCUUGUCCAAGAAACUCUCGAACAAGUGGCUCGGACCCUUCCCCAUCGCAAGGCAACUAUACUAACCGCCUGAAGUUGUUUCACAUAUAGUCUCUGAGGAUCCUACACAGACAUAUGUUGGUUUCCUGCGGAUUAUGCCCAUUACAUUUCAGUAAGGUGAACUCGUACAUGUAUCAAAUUUGACACACAAAACAAAGGGCAGAAGGCCAGAGCACGUUCCCGCAUAUAGUGAAACUUUAUUUGAGCCUAGACAACCCAACUCACGUCUUUAAACCUUUGACAGAUUUAAGAGGACUCAACAAAAAACCUCCCCCAUC